AUGAAGCUGAGCAUCUCUCUGUUCUCGCGAAGCAACACUACCUUACAGCUACUGGAAAGAGCGGACCAAAAUCUGACCAGUCUCCGUUUCGGUUGCACGCAAAAAAUUGUCAAAGAGAUUCGACGUGUUUCUUUAACUUGCAGCGCCUUAGAAAGAAAAGUCGUCUUUCAGCGGUACUCUUAA